CCGCUCGGGCGGGCGACUCCCGGGCCGCCAUGGACGACAAGGCCUUCACCAAGGAGCUGGACCAGUGGGUGGAGCAGCUCAACGAGUGCAAGCAGCUCAACGAGGGCCAAGUGCGCACGCUGUGCGAGAAGGCUAAAGAAAUUCUAACGAAAGAAUCAAAUGUGCAAGAAGUGCGUUGUCCCGUUACCGUGUGUGGAGAUGUGCACGGCCAAUUCCAUGACCUCAUGGAACUCUUCAGGAUCGGUGGCAAGUCACCAGACACAAACUAUCUCUUCAUGGGAGACUAUGUGGACAGAGGAUACUACUCCGUGGAGACGGUGACACUCCUUGUGGCACUAAAGGUGCGUUACCCAGAACGCAUUACAAUAUUGAGAGGAAACCAUGAAAGUCGACAAAUUACACAAGUAUAUGGUUUUUAUGAUGAGUGUCUACGAAAGUAUGGAAAUGCCAAUGUUUGGAAAUAUUUUACAGAUCUAUUUGAUUAUCUUCCGCUUACAGCUCUAGUGGAUGGACAGAUAUUCUGCCUCCAUGGUGGCCUCUCUCCAUCCAUUGAUACACUGGAUCAUAUCAGAGCCCUGGAUCGAUUACAGGAAGUUCCACAUGAGGGCCCAAUGUGUGACCUACUAUGGUCAGAUCCAGAUGACCGUGGAGGGUGGGGUAUUUCACCCCGUGGUGCUGGUUACACGUUUGGACAAGACAUUUCUGAAACAUUUAACCAUGCCAAUGGUCUCACACUGGUUUCUCGGGCUCACCAACUUGUAAUGGAGGGCUACAAUUGGUGUCAUGACCGGAACGUGGUCACCAUCUUCAGCGCCCCCAAUUACUGUUACCGCUGUGGGAACCAGGCUGCUAUCAUGGAACUAGACGAUACCUUGAAGUACUCCUUCCUUCAGUUUGACCCAGCACCUCGCCGCGGAGAGCCUCACGUCACCAGGCGUACCCCCGACUACUUCCUGUAAAUUCCUCUUGGGAAAAUCUGCCUCUGUAUGUGGAAGUGUACCUGGCUUUUUGAAAUACAUGUAUUUAAAGGGAAAAGAGGAAAGCGACGGUAAUGAGUUUCUCUAACAAGUUGGGGUCUGUGUCGGCAUCAGACCACAUCAUGGACCAAAAUGUGCCAUACUAACGAUGAGCGCCUAGCACAUCCUGAGACUGAAGUUAGUCCCCCGUGUUCCAGAUCCGUCUGUUUUAACAGUUUGCCUGCUGUAUUUGUAGUGACCAUUUUCCUCUGGACUGUUCCAGCAAAAAGGUAACUAACUCUUACUUCAUCUCCUCUCGCACUCACUUGGAAAUUUUAGUUGGUAGAGUUUAAUUGGCAUGGAUUGAGAGAGUUGGAAUUUUAUUUUUAAGGAAAAGUCACGAGCUAACUUCCAUUUAAUCCAUUUCCCUUUAUUUUAUUGAAAUGUAUAAUUAACUGCAGAAAAUAUUCUUCUUGGGAGUAUAUUGUCAUAACACUUAAAGAGAUUUUCCUUCAUUCUAAACUAAAUUACUGUUUAAUUUUGAUCUGCCUUAUUAUUUCUGUAUAUUUGUCAUGACAGUGCUUGUAUUCUAUUUGGUGUACUGAGCAAAUAAACCUUCCAUUUUAAACAAAAACGUCGACUCACUCCGUAGUGCGUUUUAAAUGAAAGUUUGAAUAUUUUGAAACAAUGAGAAAAUCUGCUGUCCCCUAAUAAUUUGUAUUGAGGUGAUUU